GCGCAUGACAAGUAAUCAUAUCCAAGAUGGCGGCCGGACUGCCCUCCCCUAGCACGGUAUAAUAACCACAGUUCUACCUCGAUUACUGAUUCUGAGAUCAGUUGAUUGCUCUCUACGAGCAAUGAGUGCCGAGGGCCAAGCUCUGCAAGCAAAGUACCAAAAACUUGCUGCAGAAUACGCAAAGCUGAGAGCUCAGAAUACGGUAUUGAAAAAAGCUGUCAUCGAAGAGCAGGAAAAAACCAAGUCCUUGCAGGAAACAAUAAAGCAAAAAGACCAAUCCAUCAGAAAGUAUGAACAAGAGCUAGAUAGUGUGCAGUUUAGAAAUGACCAGCUUUCAAAAAGAGUUGCAGUACUCCAGGAAGAGCUUGAUGAAUCCUCUGGGAAAAAUUGGAAGUCUUGGGCAUCUUCACCUUCAAAACCCCCUGUAGUGAAUGAUGUCAAAGAUGAAGAACUCCAAUUUAAAAUACAGGAGAAUGAAAGGCUUCAAAGAGAGCUUUCUGAGUCAACCCAACAGUAUAGACAGCAAUUGGUAGAACUACAAGAAAGACUUGCAAAGGCUGAAAGGGACUCUUCAAGCCAGCAAAAAAUCAUUGAUGAAGCAAGUGACACCCAUCGUAUGGUGAUUGACAAGCUACAAGAAGAUAGGGCACUUAUGGAGGCUAAACUUCGUAAAACAGAAGAAGAACUGAGGGCAUCUAGUUUGAAAGCAGAGAAAAGCCAGCAACAGCUCAAGAUGGUCCAGCAAGAAAUGUCUUCCAAAUAUGAUAAUGUUUGCAAGGUUCUAGGAGAAAAAGUCCCAUUUAAUGACACAGAACACAAAGAAUUGAACAUCUUCAACAUUCCUCCCCAUGACAGGAGGCAUCAGGCAAAGUCUAGAGAAUUGACUGCUCUUGCUAAUGAUCUUAUCAAGGAACUGAUGUCAGCCUUAUCAAACCUACACACCUAUACAGAGCAGAGAAUAAAGACAUUUUAUGUGGAGUCUGAACAAAUGCAGCUUACUGCUUCCACACAAAAGUUCUGUGGGUACCUACAUGAGAAUGCCGCUGUCUUAAGAGCAGUUGAACAGUCAUUUUCUUCCUUCCACAAAAAUUUGAAGACAGAUUCUCUUAUUACUUUGGAAACUGUUGUUGGCUUGAAACAUUUUGCUGAUGCAUUUCAUGAUUACGUGAAUUAUCUAAAGAAGAUUCUGCCCUACCAUAAACUUAGCAUGGAAGAGGAUUGCAACAGCUCUACAUGUUCUACCACACUUCAAGGUCACAACCAUCAAGUGUUCAACUCACUGGUGCACUUUUUCCAAGUGUUCAACAAGAUUGACAGCUAUGUUAGUGCUCUGGCUUCCGCAAGUUCCAGUCUUCCUGGCCUUCUUCCUGUGAACUAUAGUGUCUCCUUUAUGCAGCUGACUUGUUUUCUGGAAGAGUUGAAUGAUGCCGUCAAAGAACUGUCUAAACAUUAUCACUCCAAGAUCAGCAUAGAGCAUCAACUCCCAACAACCUCUCAGACUCUGAAAACCACUGACGAAUGCAUCAUGUCUACAUUUGUAUACCUUAUUACCACAACAGGAAAGAUUGUCAAAUUCAUGAAUAACAAUCUGGACUUUUUGACAAGUAAAUCAGUGCUGCGAACAAGGGGAGCAACUACUGCAACUGAAGCAGAUUUGACAACUUCUCCUAUUGUGAUCUCAUUCCGACACCAGGCAGUAGAUUACCUCAGCAAGAUAAAAGCGCCUUGCCCAGAGUCUGUUCCAUACUCUCUUGCUGUACAUAAUAACAAAGUGUUGGCACAUUCAUCACAAAGCAAGGACACCCUUUCAGAACAGAUCACACAGAAUCAAGAGAGAAUGUCUAAGCUGGAGCAGGCUAAAGAACACUGGAUGCUUGAAGCACAGCUGUUGCAAGUGAAGUAUGAGAAAGAAUCCAAGAGGGCUGAGCUUUUAGAAAAAGAAGUUCACAAAUUAAAGCUGAUGCCUAAAUUACACGAAAGUGAAGACAUCAAACAACCAUCAUCAUUUUCAUCAAUAUCUGAACGGCCUCCAACACCACCGACUGAUUUGGGAGAAGUUUUGACAGUUACGGAUGAGACCUCGGAAGAACAGACCCGUGAAAACCUGAUCAAGAGUCACUUUACUUCUCGAAUCACAGAAUUGAGCUCACAGUUGCAGUUAGUAGAUGGCAAGGCUGCCUCGUUUGGUACUGAGUGUCGUUCGCUGUACAAAAGGAUAAAGCAAGCAGACAAGAACAAGUCGGACCUCAGCAUGGAGCUGCAGGUUGCCAAAGGUCGAGUUAAAGAGAUCCAGGACGAGCUAGAGGUCACUAAACGUAACUACGAGACACAGUUGUCCAUGAUGAGUGAACAUUUGUGCGGAAUGAACGAGAAGCUCACCACCCAGCAGGAUGAAAUCGAGGCCUUGAAGGGACGAGCUACAAAGAAGGGGAAGAAAUAAUUUGUGCGUCACCCAAAAUAACGGUGUCACGCAACAAAUCAAGAAUCGAGGCCUUGAAGGGACGAGCUACAAAAAAGGGGAAGAAAUAGAUCAUGCGUCACGCAAAAAACGCGGUGUCACAAAGCAAAUAAAAAGAUCGGGUAUAUAAAAGGACGAGCUACAAUGAAGAGGAAGAAAUAAAUCAUGCGUAACGGUGUCACGCAACGAAUCAAGAAAUGGAGGCUUUGAAAGAACGAGCUACAAAGAAGAGGAAGAAAUAGAUCAUGCGUUACGCAAAUUAACGAUGUGUUACAAGGCAAAUAAAAAGAUCGAGUAUAUAAAAGGACGAGCUACAAAGAAGGGGGAGACGUGCGACGCGCGCGUCACCCAAAAAAAAUAAAACGAUGUGUCAUGCAUUGAAAGGACGAGCUGCAAGAAUGGGAAAAAUGAAUCAUGCCACCGCAUACCCAAGAUCGGCUAAGGGGGGUGGGGGAGGGUAUAUGGAAAAAGGAUAGUAUUUGACGAGCAUUUAAACAGGAAUGACCCACUUUUUCGCGGCCAAGGGUGCCCCCCCUCAGGGGUACGCGCCCAUCAUGCAACGCAUCUAAAGAUUGCGUUGUUGAUUACCAAGAAAGAUUACAGGAAAAUUAAAAUCAAUAUUCAUCGGACGAAAUAAAUUUAUAAAAUAUAGCGUAGAAACAUAAAUAAAGGAGACCAUAGUAAAA